GGGCGGGCGGAGAUUUCCGAGGAGGAAGGAGCGCCGCCAUCUUGGGAGCUUCGAAUCAACAAUAAAGGACCGAGGGGGCCAGCGGGAGUGGCCUUGGUGAUUGAAGUACGUGAAUUCAGAUACAUAACUCAACCUUGUUAGAGAGAUUUUUAAAAAUAAAAAGUUGAUUCGGUGCAUGAGAGCAAGUUACUGCUGCUUACUGUUCAGAGACUUACAGGUGCUUGCCUGCAUUGCAAUAAAAGACUCAUUAUUGAGCAAGACUUAUAUAUAUCUCUUCGUUUUGGAGAGCCUAAUAAACUGUAUUUCAGUUUCUCUACUGACUUUCAAAAGUUUUGAAGUUUGAAAGAGACAUCUUUACAUUUAAUACAGCAUGAGCACGGCCAGAACAGAAAACCCUGUUAUAAUGGGUCUGUCCAGUCAAAAUGGUCAGCUGAGGGGCCCUGUGAAGCCCAGUGGUGGCCCUGGAGGAGGGGGCACACAGACACAGCAACAAAUAAACCAGCUGAAAAACACCAACACAAUCAAUAAUGGCACUCAGCAGCAAGCACAGAGUAUGACCACCACUAUUAAACCUGGCGAUGACUGGAAAAAGACUUUAAAACUCCCUCCAAAGGAUCUAAGAAUCAAAACUUCUGAUGUAACCUCCACAAAAGGAAAUGAGUUUGAAGAUUACUGUUUGAAACGGGAGUUACUGAUGGGAAUUUUUGAAAUGGGCUGGGAAAAGCCAUCUCCUAUUCAGGAGGAGAGCAUUCCCAUUGCUUUAUCUGGUAGGGAUAUUUUAGCUAGAGCAAAAAAUGGAACAGGCAAGAGUGGUGCCUACCUCAUUCCCUUACUUGAAAGGCUAGACCUGAAGAAGGACAAUAUACAAGCAAUGGUGAUUGUUCCUACAAGAGAACUUGCUCUACAGGUCAGUCAAAUUUGCAUCCAGGUCAGCAAACACAUGGGAGGAGCCAAAGUGAUGGCAACCACAGGAGGAACCAAUUUACGGGAUGACAUAAUGAGGCUUGAUGAUACAGUGCACGUGGUAAUAGCUACCCCUGGGAGAAUCUUGGAUCUUAUCAAGAAAGGAGUAGCAAAGGUUGAUCAUGUCCAGAUGAUAGUAUUGGAUGAGGCAGAUAAGUUGCUGUCACAGGAUUUUGUGCAGAUAAUGGAGGAUAUUAUUCUCACUCUACCUAAAAACAGACAGAUUUUAUUAUAUUCUGCUACUUUCCCUCUUAGUGUACAGAAGUUCAUGAAUUCCCAUUUGCAGAAACCCUAUGAGAUUAACCUGAUGGAGGAACUAACUUUGAAGGGAGUAACCCAGUACUACGCAUAUGUAACUGAGCGCCAAAAAGUACACUGCCUCAACACACUUUUCUCCAGGCUUCAGAUAAACCAGUCGAUCAUUUUCUGUAACUCCUCUCAGCGAGUUGAAUUGCUAGCCAAGAAGAUUUCUCAACUGGGUUAUUCUUGCUUCUAUAUCCAUGCUAAAAUGAGGCAGGAACAUCGAAAUCGUGUCUUUCAUGAUUUCCGAAAUGGCUUAUGCCGCAAUCUUGUUUGCACUGAUUUGUUUACCCGAGGUAUUGAUAUACAAGCUGUGAAUGUGGUAAUAAACUUUGACUUCCCAAAGCUGGCAGAGACCUAUCUCCAUCGUAUUGGAAGAUCAGGUCGCUUUGGUCAUCUUGGCUUAGCCAUCAACUUGAUCACAUAUGAUGAUCGCUUCAACCUGAAAAGUAUUGAGGAGCAGCUGGGAACAGAAAUUAAACCUAUUCCAAGCAACAUUGACAAGAGCCUAUAUGUGGCAGAAUACCACAGUGAGCCUGUAGAAGAUGAUAAACCAUAACAAGCAUGCUUUGGCAAACUAAAGAAGGCUUGUUCGGAUCUGUGACACAUCAUUUUGGGGGGAUGCUCUUCUCUUUGUGGGUUUUUCAUCUUUUAUUUUGGAACUACGAGGACUUAAAAGAGCUCAGACUUUUUUUUUUUUAACUGGUGAAGAGAAAAAAAUCUGAAAAGAAGGAAUUACCUUUUUUGUUCCACUUGUUUGCACUGUGUGCUGACUGAACAUUAGUUGCACUAACUGCUGGUUUUUUAAAAAUGUUUUCUGGGGAAGAAGG